AUGGCGUCACCUUCGAAAUUCGACCCGAACCACCUUGGCAAAAACACAUGGGUCCCAAACAUCGAACCGGGCAGCGACUUCUCGAUAUACAACCUGCCGUUCGGUAUCGUGUCGACAAAGUCCGAUCCCGCGCCGCAUGUCGCCGCAGCCAUCGGCAGCCAUAUACUCGAUCUCAAAGUGUUCUUCACUCACCCCGAAGGGCCGUAUCACAGACCCUUCCCCUCCUUUCACGAAUUCGACGGAUUCGAGGCACUCCUACUGGAUGUCUUCUCCCAGCCAACGCUCAACGCCUUCGCCGCACUCGGCCGGGCCGUCCGUUCCAAAGUGCGCAACACCCUGCAGCAGCUUCUCGUCGCCCAAACACCGUAUCCUUCUGUGCUCCGUGACAACAUGCCGCUGCGAGCCGCCGCGCUGCUUGAGGACUCGGAAGUCACGGCAAUGCACCUACCUAUGACCAUUGGCGAUUACACCGACUUCUAUGCCGGCUACUACCACGCCCACGCCGUUGGUACUCUGUUCCGCGGGCCUGACGCCGCUCUGCAACCCAACUACCUGCAUAUGCCUAUCGGUUACCAUGGGCGGAGCUCCAGUAUUGUCGUCUCAGACACUCCAAUUCGCCGGCCCGUAGGGCAGGUCGCCCAUGUCGGUGAGGACGGAAAGCAGAUUGUGUCGACGGGGCCGACGCGCAAGCUGGACAUCGAACUCGAGUUGGGGUGUUUCAUCGCGAGUGAGAACCGAAUGGGCGAUAGUGUCGAUGUGGAUUCGGCAGCCAAGUAUGUGUUUGGCUAUGUCUUGCUGAACGACUGGAGCGCGCGGGACGUGCAGGCCUGGGAGUAUGUCCCGCUCGGCCCAUUCAAUGGCAAAAACUUUGCCACGACUAUUAGCCCAUGGGUGGUGCUGGCCGAGGCUAUGGAACCGUACCGCACCGUGCCCGGUCACGAGCUCGACAGAAAAUCAUUGCAACCGUAUUUGUGUGAAGCGAAUACGGAAAAUGUUCUUGAUAUCAACUUGCGAGUCUACUUGCAAACCACUGCGGGCGUCACGACUCCCAUCACUCGUACUAAUUCGCGGUACCUCAUCUGGUCCUUCCCGCAGAUGAUUGCGCACCACACGUUGGGUGGCUGUCCGCUGCGCACCGGUGAUCUGCUUGGGUCGGGGACCAUUAGUGGGCCCGAUGGGUCCUAUGAGAGCGGGAGCUUGCUUGAGGUGACUGAGAAUGGCAAGAAGCCGUUGAAGUUAGUGCAAACGGGGACGCGCACCUUUCUUGAGGACGGCGAUACGGUUAUAAUCCGCGGGUUCGCCGGCGCAGAUUGGUCGAGGGUUGGCUUUGGCCCAUGUCGCGGUAAGAUAAUAGGUCCAUCGUUGAAGAAGUGA